UCCUGGUUGUUGUUAUGUUAAUUGUGAUAAUUCCACCCCAGAAUGAAUGCAGAGUUUCUACAUUUAUCACCAGAAGUCUUUUUAAGGAAAAUGGGAGAGAUUUUUGCAACAAGACAGUGAGGUUACAAGAUGGAGUGAAAAAGUUGAAGAGAUACAAGAAUAACUGGUUUCCAUAGAAGUAAAACAGAGACAGGGAAGAGUUUAAGGAGACAGCGAGGACUGGCGAUCAAAAUCUUCACAGCUGCAUGCUCUCACUAAUGCUCAAAGCACAGCAGGGCCUUUCACAGCAGUGCUUACGAUGCCUUCAGGCUUGGGCCUCUUCUCAGGCAGCCCCGGGUCUGUGGGGCAGUGUCCCUGUUUCUGCACCACUGCUGAAUCAGAGCCCACCUCCACCGACAGCCUUGUGGCGUGGCUGUGGGGAGGACAGCAGUGCACAAGUGACCUACACGCUUCUAAAGGAGCAACACAAGGAUAAUCAGGAGCCCCUGAUGGACCUCACAGUUUCAGUGUUAAAUAACACCGGCUCACGGCAGUUGAGAGGGGCAGGACUCAUUCCAGAACUAUUAAUAUAGCCUCUAUUUAUACCCCUGGGUUCCUGCAAACGCCAUAGCAGGGAGCUACAGCUGCAGAACUGAAAUGGAAUAAAUGUCAGCCUCCAGGGAGAAAGUGAUCCUUUCAGCCAUCAUGUGGGAAAGGAGACAGUGAAAGGACAGAAUAAGGGGCAGCGUUCAGACCUGGGAAAGCAGAGCGAGCUGAUCGUGGCACCCUGAGAAUGCAGCCGGUGGGCAGAGCCAGCCAGUAACCUCCCUGCAGCAGCAAGUCUGUGCUGAGAGGCUGUCAGAAACGCACAUUCAGCGUCACACACAGCACCUACGGAUACCGGCAGAGAUGAGUGCACUGUCUGCUGGACUGGAAAGAUGAUGGAGAACACAGGAGGGCCAUAUCUGAACACCGCUGCUGUAACAUCCCCUGUGGGAAUAGUUCGUUUGCUGCAGAUAAUGUUUGGAUGCACCACAUUCAGCCUGGUUGCCCACCAAGGGGGAUUCAGUGCAGCAUACGGCACUUUCUGCAUGUUUGUCUGGACCUUCUGUUUUGCCGUCACUGUCUUCAUCAUAACCUGCGAGUUCACGCAUCUGCACAGCUGCCUGAGCAUUUCCUGGGGAAACUUCACUGCUGCUUUUGCCAUGCUUGCCACACUCAUGUCCGUCACGGCAGCAGUGAUCUACCCACUCUAUUUUGUCCAGCUUGGCUGUUACCCUAUCGGCUGUGAGGUGAGAGACUUUCGUAUAGCAGCCAGCGUCUUUGCCGGCCUCGUGUUCGUUGUGUAUGCCGUGGAGGUGUUCCUGACCAGGGCAAAACCGGGACAGGUCACCAGUUACAUGGCCACUGUCUCUGGGCUUCUGAAAAUCGUUCAGGCCUUUGUGGCCUGCAUCAUCUUUGGGGCGCUGGUGAACGACAGCCAGUACAGCAAAUACGUAGCGACACAGUGGUGUGUGGCUGUCUACAGCUUUUGCUUUGUGGUGACAGUGGUGGUGGUCGCCUUCAGCGUCACAGGUAAGACCGCUUUGCUCUGGUUUCCCUUCGAGCGCUCUGUGGUUGUCUACACCUUUGGGGCCGUCCUGCUGUAUGUGAGUGCGGCUGUCAUCUGGCCGGUGUUCUGCUUCGACAGUAAGUACGGCUCCCCACAGCGCCCCGGCCUCUGCGCCAGGGGCAGGUGCCCGUGGGACAGCCAGCUGGUGAUCGCCAUCUUCACCUAUGUCAACUUGCUGCUCUACGUCGUGGACCUGGCCUACUCCCAGCGCAUCCGCUUCGUCUCCCACCUCUGAAGUCUGGGUCUGCCUCCGCGAGGUCAUCCUGGCUCCAACAGCAGCAGUGAGGGAAGCGGCAGGAGACGGGAUGCAGCACAGGCAGGCACUGCCCGGGUGCGCCAGGGAGAGCCACAAACCAGACUUCAAGGUUAAGACUGACUGGAGCAGCAAGUCAGCAGCCCGUGGUGGGUAGGCUGCCCACCUCCCUGUCAUUCAGCAUCUGCUUCGACCUCCUGGUGCCAGAGCAAAGAAAUUCUGUGGUUCAAAGUAUGCAAAAUGGCCUUUCAUCUCCAGAAGGCAAAAAUGCUUGCUGCAAUAGCAGGUCUGUAGGCUACUGGAUUACUGAGCCAAAUAUUAGGAAAGAUACCAAGGAUUUUGAAACUGUUACCAACACUUAACUAUAAUCAAGUGACUACCCAGGAAGUGGGAAAGUUAAAGGCUGCAUCAAGGAACACCAGUUGUGGAGAUGAAAAACAAUCCUUCAAAGUUUGGGUUAGUCUGGGCUAUGUGGUGAGACAUGAAAUGCUUACAAGUGUGGGAAAUUCCAGUCAGGAUGUUUCUGAGAAGAACAUAGCUGUAGUAUUAUUUUGAAGGUUACCAGUCAUCUCCCUCUCCCUUUUCUCUCCAGCACCAAAAAAGAAUAUCCUCAAGCAUGCGCCUUGGUAGGAAGCAUGGGAUAUUCUUAUUUAGCAAACACUGGGUCAUUACAGAAAUGAAAAUUUGUGAAAUUGGGGUUCUACUGCCAGGAAACUGGGUGCAGAACAGAGCCAGACUGCAAAAUAACUGUAUAAUCAGACACCUGAACUUGAGCAGGACCAGAAGGUAUCUUGGCAUGUGCUUUGUCUCAGUUCAUGUGCCACUGUUUCUUUACACUGAUGUAAUUUUUUUUCCUAGAAGAUUAAAGAUAUGGGGGGGGGAGGGGGGAGGGAGGGCGGAAUGGAUGCAAAGAUGAAUUGAUCUCACAGCUCUGCAUAAAAGACCAAAUUUGUGGGGAAAAAACCUUGCACAUAAUGGUAACAAAUUCAGAGUGCUGCCUCAGACCAGAUCAGGUUCUAGGAUUCCCGAACUCUUUGUGUCACCAACCAGCUGCAUUUCUCUGACCCAUCCCUCACAAAACACCCACUUUGAAGUCUCACAUAGCAUGGCUCAGAUUUCAAGCUUAAUAGAAGAACUGUUCAUUUCUGAUCCAGCAAGAAACCAAAGCAGUCUGAGUACUUCUGCUGAAGGCACGCAGACUAGAUAGGUUUGAUUAAAAUCUAGAAGUAGCUGACUGUCAGAAGAAGGAUUUAUUUUUAACCAAAUUAAAAUAAAGCUGAAUGGCAGACUUGCGUACUACA